CCGUUGCGAUCAUUAUUGCGCGCGCAGUGUUGAAAAGUGUGUUUGAAAUAUUAACGCUUUGUUUUUUUUCGGUACAGCGUCGGUCUUCAGUUGCUCUAGUUAUAUUUUUAUAUUGUGUUUAAUCUUUUUCAUCAUCCGUGUGGCAUAUUGGUCAAAGAUAUAUUAAGCCAUCAUGGACAAUUCACGCAGAUCGAUGGGGGGAAAGAUGGAUUCCCGUCUUUCAUCGAUGGCCAACGAUGAGAGCACAAUGUACCUAUCCUUCGAUGCGGAAGACACUUUGUCUGGCGCAAAGUGGCAGUCCGCCAUGGUCACUCAGAGCAGCCAGUUUCUAGAGGUUUACACUAGCAAAAUAGAAGCCAAUGGGGAAAGGGCUCCUGAUGACAAGGACCUCAGGCGCACCGUCCUGAAAGAUCUGCAGCAUUUGACCGUCGGUGAACCGGACCAGAACUCGCCACUUCGCCCAUUUGACAAGAGCAUUUUUAACCGUCAUAACGCCUUGAGCUCCACUCCCUCAAAAGACAAUGCGUCAACAGACUCGCAACCAGUAAUGUGCAUGGACUUGACCCACGUCGAAGACAAGGAGAAUACCCAGCCAGAUGACAAUCAUACUGGUGGCGAUAACUCAACGCUGUCCAGUUCCGUCGACCUAACUGCCAAUACUGUUAAAGCAAACACCCUAAAGACUGGGGAUGCUACUAUGGACAAUGUCUCAUUGCAGGAGGCUCCAAAGACCCCCGCUCCUAGCCAAGUUUAUCCUUUAAGUGCUAACGUGGUGCUGGAAAACAUCACUGAAGUCUCCAACGAAGGCGUAUCCAUGCUGGUCUCGCCCCCAGCUGAAAAGGAAAUAGCGCAAGUCACCGAGGUGGUAAACGAAGUCACUGAGCUGAUUGCUAAGGCUAUGAAGAUCUCCAGCGACGCUGUGAAGCCAUCGAACUCCAAAUUAAAAGUGGAGGUAGGCAAAAAGAGGCAGUCCAUUGCCUCCACAUAUUCGGGGAGCCUGCCGCGUCCUCGCCGCUCCUAUCUGCCCACCACCAGUGCAGAGACGCGUACCUACUCUUUUAAACAGCGUAUGUCUGUUGUGGUUAAGACCACGCUUAAUAGUCCCGCUCGCAAGCUAAGUGUAGGUGGGGGUGUGGCAGUUAGUCGCCGUAGCUGCUUACCAGUUUCCAAGCUCUCUAAAGGGACAAAUCGCAAAUCGAUAACUGUAACUAGCAUCCGAUCACCCCAGAAGAGUAUCCCAAAAGUGGCCAAGCCGCCGGCCAAAAGUAUUCCAGACACGGUUUUCAAUUGCAAAAAUUGCGAAGCUACCUUCCGCUUGAAGUCACUACUCGAUGUACAUAUGCGUAUGCACGAUCUGGCGGAUAAUGGACCCAAGUCCCUGAAACGCCUUAAUACUAAUCCGAGCGUCGUGGGCAGCUCGAAGAACCGCUGUAAGUUUUGCGACAAGAACUUUGCCCUAGAGCGCGCCUUGCAUAUCCAUCUGAUGCAGAAUUGCGACAAAAUACCGCCAUCCGAAAAGCGCAAACUGCAGUUUACUGAAUUAAACCAUGAGAAAAAGGCCCAGCUGCCAAAAAUUGGUGUUACCAGUGCGAUUAUUCAACCAGUGCCAAUGCCACCGAAGCCACAGCAUCGUAUGAGCACGGUUCCAAGAAUGGCUUCCUUGAAUUCGACCCCAUCUAUGGCCCCGCCAUCGGUCAAAAAAGUUCCCAAGAACGUGGCACAUGCCGGCGUCUACCGCACUCCCACAAAGACUGUGCCCUGUCACAUCUGCAAGCAGUCCUUCAAGAGCAUACUCGAGUUCACUAAUCAUAGCCUGACCGUGCAUGCAAAGAGCCAACUGAAGGAGUCCGCUGACGGAAAGGACGCACAGAGUGCCAAGGAUUAAAUCAAAUGAUUCGUGUGUAGCCUAGUCUAGGUCUAAGUUAAAUGUACUUUAAUCUCUCCCAGUUUAAAUGCACAUUAACCAAAUCA